AUGGCUCGCUCCAAGACAACGGUCGACCCGCAUUUACUCCCCUCCAUCCGAGCCCAGCUCAUGGGGAUCCCAGACUCGACGAGCAGCGAUACAUUCCACGCCUGGGCCAACUUACCCGCUCGUAUCUCCCGGGAGCAAUUCGCCCACGAACUCAGGACCAACUACGACGGGAUUUUUCAAAACUUCUAUACGCUGAAGAUCUCACGCCCGGAAACGAACCGUCUACUGAGCGACUAUUUCCCGCCUGAAUGUCAGAUCCUAGGCGAUGAUCCCCGAUUGGGCCAGGGGAGGGGGAAAACCGGCGCCGGAUAUCUAUGUGCUGGCGCUGGUGGGAGGGAGAUUUUGCGCGAGGAAUGUUUGGUGUUUGAGGAUAGUGUGGUGGGGGUGGAGGCGGGGAGACGCGCCGGGAUGAGGGUGGUUUGGGUGCCGCAUGUUGAUGUGGUGGGGGAGUAUUGGGGGAGGGAGAGGUUUGAUUAUGCGAGGUAUGGGAUUGAUGUGUCGUCUUGA